AUGGAUCUCUAUAAUCAUAAUGCCACGAAAAAAAGAAAACUCAAUCAACCGAACGCACAUGAGGAUGAGUCGAAAAGGAAGACAUCGAAAUCAACUGGGUGCUUUGGACGUUGUUGUAGUCGAAAACGUCAAGAUACUCCUUUUGAAACGAAAGAAAAACCAGUCAAACAGGUUAACAACAAAGUUGCAUUAGCAACUGAGAACGGCCAUCUACCAGUGCAAACAUCAGCAGGUGCAGGUGAUAAGGAAUCAUCCACACAGGUCACACAUUUAUCACAAUCACCAUUGGAGUACAAAUCGGGGACUAAUCUAAAUGAUCUGGACAAUUCAAACACGAAACUCUUUUAUGAAAAUCAGUAUGCCUCGAUUGAACAAGCGGAUACAGCUACAAAGGAGAAAACCACUAAUGGCACGCUGGAUGAAUCGUUCAAUCCUUUUCAAAAUACAGUAAAUUCGUUCGUAAACGAUAUUAUCGGCGAUGGAAUCGGUCAAUUGUCAGAACUACUUGCAGCUACGAACGCAUACGUAAAUACAUUAAUAAUGAAUUCUGCAUCGGCUAGAGAAGACAAUGAACUCGCCUUUCAAAAACAAGAUAUGGAACUGUCCACAGAUCAAACACUAGCACAACCCAUUUCAGAUAAUUACGAUUGGAAUAUUGAAUCCAACAAAACAAACUUUGACCAAGAUAAUCUGUCAAUAGGCGACAAAUCAUCUCAAAAUCAAGAACCCUAUCAUUGGGAAGACCAAUACUAUUCGUGGUCUCAUCGUUCUGAACAAACAUUUUUGUCAGACAACGACAUUAUUAAUUCGACAUACAGUGUUGGCACCAGGUUACCAUCGAAUCAAAAAGCGAACGUACAAUCACAGAUAGCCGAUAUAGAAAAAGAGACUACUGGUUUACUAACGAUGAGUUCAACAUCUGUUAGUGAACUCUUCAAGCAUAUGACUCGUAUAAGGCAAGAAAAAGAGCUUGAUUUAGAUUCGAUUAGUACUGCAUAUUCCGUUCCUAUUUCCAUGCGUCAUUCAAUACUAUCAGAAGUAAGCAAUGUUCCCUCUCAAACACAACCGAUGUUAGCAAAACAUGCAACUAAUCGGCUUCUAUCGAUUUUCAAUUCGAACGAUAUAAUGCGCUUUUGGCAGUCUUUUCUUGAACGUUUAUCAAAUUUUCUAUUGCCUUCAAGCCACAAUAUGACUAAUGAUGAUGUAAAUUUCAACAAAUAUUCAUGGACAACAUUGACGUGUACAGACAUCAUUUCAUCUGAUGAAUUUGGGCCGAGAUGGAGUCGACGUGAUAUAGAUGAUCGUAGUCCAGCAACGUUUGUGUUUGUGAACGAUCCGUUAAGCACGUGGUAUUCGCUUGAAACGUGUCCAAGCAAUAAACAGAGGUGUACUUCAAUUCAUUAUCGACCGUGCUGUCCUAAAUAA